CUCCAACCAUCCUCUUCUACCGAGCAGUAGCUAGCAGAGUAACUCCGCCAUCGCCCUUGAAUACCAGUGAUCCCCUAGCACCUUCAGAACCACACUCGCUCACUCUACACGCACCACCGGCCGUGUAAACCUGAAGGAGAGCAGAGCACCAUUGUAGCUUUCCUCCCAAACCACACGCGUGUCUGCUGAAUGCACAACCAUAUGGCGGCGACGGCGGCGUGGGCGCUGCUGCUGCUGCUGUCGGCGGCGGGGCGGUGCGCGGGGCAGGCGCUGGUGCCCGGCGUGAUGAUCUUCGGGGACUCGGUGGUGGACGCCGGCAACAACAACCGCCUGGCCACGCUGGUGCGCGCCGACUUCCCGCCCUACGGCCGCGACUUCCCGGCCACCCACGCGCCCACAGGCCGCUUCUGCAACGGCAAGCUCGCCACCGACUACACCGUCGACAACCUGGGGCUCAGCUCGUACCCGCCGGCGUACCUGGGCGAGGAGGCGCAGACCGACAACAGGAGCCUCCUCCACGGCGCCAACUUCGCCUCCGGCGCCGCCGGGUACCUCGACGCCACCGCCGCGCUCUACGGCGCCAUCUCGCUGGGCCAGCAGCUGAACUACUUCAAGGAGUACCAGUCCAAGGUGGCCGCUGUCGCCGGCAGCUCGCGCGCGGCGGCGCUGACGUCGGGGUCCAUCUACGUCGUGAGCGCCGGCACCAGCGACUACGUGCAGAACUACUACGUCAACGCCAUGCUCGCUGCCGCCUACACGCCCGACCAGUUCGCCGACGCGCUCAUGACGCCCUUCACUGCAUUCAUCGAGAGCCUGUACGGUCUGGGUGCGAGGCGGAUCGGCGUGACGUCGCUGCCGCCGAUGGGGUGCCUGCCGGCGUCCGUUACCCUGUUCGGCGGUGGCGGUAGCAACGGCGGCUGCGUGGAGCGGCUGAACAACGACUCGCUGACCUUCAACACGAAGCUGCAGGCGGCGUCGGAUGCAGUGAAGAAGCAGCGGCCGGACCUGAAGCUCGUCGUCUUCGACAUCUACAACCCGCUGCUCAACCUCGUCAGCGACCCCAACAGCGCCGGGUUCUUCGAGGCCCGGCGGGCGUGCUGCGGGACGGGGACGAUCGAGACGUCGGUGCUGUGCCACCAGGGGGCGCCGGGGACGUGCGCCAACGCCACCGGCUACGUCUUCUGGGACGGCUUCCACCCCACCGACGCCGCCAACAAGGUGCUCGCCGACGCGCUGCUCCUCCAGGGCCUCCAGCUCAUCUCCUGAACCCUGAUCCAGCCCUAUCUCUCCCGGACCGACGACCGUCGUCGUCUCAUGCAUGUUUAAUUACCUAGCUACGUACCUUGAUUACCUUGCUUGUCAUCUCUUCUAGCUAGUCAGUCUAUUUUGUCUGCUUCCAGCGCUUGAUUUCCCCAUGAUGAUCCCUAGGUGUAUGGUUGCACUUGCUUGCAGCUUCGAGUGAUGUGAAUGUGGUGUCAUGUAAUAAUGUCAGGAUGCUUUUGGCACUACGCAUGUACUACACAUUUGCUAGUUUUAGACUUUUAGUCACAACGUACUAUGAAAUAAGAAACAUUUGAGCAGCCAA